AAUUUAUAUACAUUUUAAAUUACAUUUAUCAUUUCCAUUUUUACUUCUUCAUUAAUUUUUCAUUACUUCCUCAUUUAUCACUUUUACAUUUAUUUGGGAUAUACGCCAAUUUUGAUGCUACAGAUAUUUAAUAAAAAUUUUAAUUUUACUCCAUAAAUCUUCUUUAAAUAAAGAUGUUUUAUUUUUAACUGACUUUUCUAAAUUUUGGAUAUCAGCUCUAUGAAUAUGUUCGGCACGAACAUACUUGGUCAAAAUAACAAGGACGAAGACUAUGUUAUGUCCGAAAACAGAACUGACACCAGCGAUGAUCAGAACAGCGAGAUGACCUGGAUAGAAUGGUACUGCAGUUUAAAGGGCAAUCAGUACUACAUCCAGGUGGAUGAGUCAUUUAUAAGAGACGAGUUUAACCUCGUGGGCCUACAGUACCAAGUUUCAUACUACAAUAGCGCCCUUCAACUGAUUUUGGAUAAUUACGAGAAUGAUUUUUACGACGAUGACGACUACGAAAGCGUCUCUGAGAAAGGGAAACAACACCAGAUAAACACAUCAGCGCAGCUACUCUACGGUUUAAUACACAGCAGAUUUAUAAUGACUUCGAAGGGUAUGCAUCUGAUGAUGCAGAAAUAUAAGGAUAAGGUUUAUGGCUUCUGCCCCAAUUUCAGUUGCGAAAACGCCUCAGUGCUACCCAUAGGACUAGUUGACGCUCCAGCUCAUCACACCGCUAAGAUUUUUUGCCCAUCAUGCAAUGAAACAUAUCACCCGCCCAAGUCAAGUAGAUUAGGACUAAUAGACGGAGCUUACUAUGGAACUACAUUUGCUCAUUUAUUUUUAAUGGUUAAUGAGGCAGUUAUUCCGAGAGGACCCUCAUAUUAUUACGUUCCGAAGAUUUAUGGAUACCGAAUAAGUCCAUACGUUAAGAAAAAUUCAAACUCUGUUGAACUCUACGACUCCUAGGACUCUCAUUUAACAACAGUGAAUUUAAUAAUUUAUUACCCUCUAUUUUCAAA